AUGGAUAUGGAAGAAAGGGUCGUCAUAAAUGUUGGUGGUACCCGUCACGACGUUCGCCAAGAAACACUGCGAAGAAUUCCAGGGACAAAGCUUGCAUCGCUUACUAAGCGAACUUUUCACUCUGAUGAUGAAGUUAAAGAAUACUAUUUCGAUCGAAAUUCUGCAUACUUUGAAGUUGUCCUUGAUUGUCUUCGCACUGGACAGCUUCAUAUUCCACGUAAUUUGUGUGUUAAAAGGGUCCAGCAAGAGCUGGAUUUUUGGAAAAUUGAUCGUAAAGAAGUAGGCUCGUGUUGUCUCCAUAUAUUUACUGACGCAGAGGAACAAGAGAAGGAAGCACUGGAGAUGUCUAAAGAAUUUGGACUCAUCCCGAUGAACGAUGACCAGAUGACAGAAAAACUAAUUGGUGUGUCCAGUCGUCGUAUCCGAUUGUGGACUUUUCUUAGCGAUCCGAAUUCUUCCAAGGCAGCUCUGGCAUGGCUAUACUUCUACCUAAUUUUGGUCGUGUUGACCAUAAUUUGUACAGCCUUAGGAACUGAUAACAAUCUACGAAUACGCAAAUACUUAGGAAACAUAUCGCUGGACGAGGAAGCUUUGGCAGCAGAAUUUGACAUCAGUUUGAAAAGAUUACAACUAACAAUAAGCAGCAAACCACAGUGGAUGCAUAUAAUUGACAAUGUUGCUUUACUUUUCUUUUCCACCGAACUUUUCAUUCGUUUUGUGGUUAGUCCGAUUAAAGGCCGAUUUUUCAAAGACCCGAUGAAUAUUAUUGACAUUAUCUGGAUCAUUUUGAAUUUGACUAUAAUAGUCACCACACCAUUCCAGGAAAGCAACCUAGAUCUUUUUAUUUUUGCAGUCAUUGUAGACGGAAUCAUCGCACAAAGUAUAGGGCCUAUAGGACCAUGCAAGGAUCUUAAAACGGUGAAGGAUGACGAAUUUCCAUUGCGCUAA